UCCUCAAUUCGCGCUAAAUAACAACAACUUGACCGACUCGACUCGUGCAUCGAGGACAAAGAGAAACUGAAUAACUUUUCCUUCACAAAAUCCUCCAAAAAUGGAUGAAACCUUGAGCAGAUUUGUAGAUCGUACGGGGGCUGAUCCUGCUCUCGCCAGAGACUUCCUACAAGGAACGAACUGGAACUUUGAAGAAGCAUUGAAGGCUUUUCAAGAGCUUUCCCUCGGAGGGUCCUUUCCGAACAAAUCCCAGAAUACAGUGAAAACAAAAACUAGUAAACCACAGAGAGGUCUGUCUGUUGUGAACUCAGAGAUUGUCCGUGAAGCUAGAAACAAAGUUAGCGAGAAGGAUGUUACAUCAAGCAACGGAUCAAACGAGUGUUUUGAUGAAAUGGCCAAGUUCACUUUUGUGCUUCCAGAUUUGACGAGAUAUCCACAAGAUUUUAGUGAGUUUUUACGUAGGGAUCUGAUCGAGACAUCAACGCUUGUUUCCCUUGAGCAAUCAGGACAUUUAAACUGGUGGGCAGAUAUGGGUGUCUGUCAACGCCUUGUUCCCUUAGCAACAGUUGGUGAUGGCAACUGUCUUCUGCAUGCUGCCUCUCUCGGAAUGUGGGGAUUUCAUGAUCGUCUUUUGACUUUGCGCAAGGCAUUAUUUCGCACUUUGGUAGGUGAUAAGGCCAGUGGGGCAAUCAAGAGACGUUGGCGACUGCAGCAGUGGGUGAGAAACAUGGAGGCAGGGGGACUUAUCUAUACAGAAGAGGAGUGGGCAAGAGAGUGGGAGGAAGUGUUAAGGAUUGCAUCUACCGUGAGGCGUCACUCGCAGCAUGCUUCAGAAGACAGCCUAAAUCCUGGCACUUUGUUAGAGGAAGAUGGCGAACCUAGAGAAAAUGCUGUCAAGGAAUCAGGACUGGAUAACUUAGACAAUGAUUGCAAAUCAGAUCAAAAGGAUGUUUUAAACGGCAAUGAAGGUUCUCCUCUUUUCAACGACAACAAAGGAAAUAAAACUACUGCUCAGAGCUCUGAGGAGAGUGAGGAUGAAAUAAAAGGUCUAGGAGCUUUCGAGAGUUUAGAAGAAAUUCAUGUAUUUGUAUUAGCUCAUGUCCUUCGAAGACCUAUUGUUGUUAUAGCAGAACAGUUUCUUAGAGAUUUCAGUGGAGAUGCAAUUGCGCCAAUACCUUUUGGGGGUAUAUUUCUACCCCUGGAGUGUCCCCCUGAACAAUGCUACAAGAACCCUCUAGUGUUAACAUUUGAGUCAGCCCACUUCAGUGCUGUGGUUGCUAGUGAUGGCAAGCAAAAUGGAAGCAAGAAAGAGAAAGUGGUGGUGAGUGGUGUGCCAGUUGUUGGGCCAAACUAUGAUCUGCUACCUAUUCAUUUCUCUGUGGACCCUGGAGCAGACUUUGCUUGGGAAGAGCUCAGUGCUAGAGUAAAGGACCAGCAUAUGGAGCUGAGCAUGGAACAAAAGCUUAUACUCUUGGGGAAAUAUUUAGAAAUUGCAGAGGUAAAGAUACCUGGAACUGGAAAGGACCUUAGCAAGGAUGGGAAUAGCGGGGAAAAGUGUACAGCCCAUGCAGCAGAGAAAAUAGAUCCAAAGAAUAAGGAUGCUAAAUCCAAGCAAGACUCCAAAUUAAAACUUGGUUCCAAUAAAGGGGAUAAAGGCAAAGGAUCAGGCUCUUGGUUAGCAAACAAGUUAGUCAAGGUAGGGAACCUGGCAGGAGCUUUAGGCACAACUGUGCACUCCAUGGUCUAUGUCGCAAAACUGCAGGCCAACAACAAGCCAGUUUACUAUGAUAAAAUGAUCGAGAAUUAUAUCCAGUCUGCAAAACAAAGAUUCGAAGAGGAGAAAAAGAAGCAAGUGGAGGCAAAGAAAAGUGGUCCUCAUGACAAGACGAGGCCUUGCAUUGCUCCAGGUUGCCAAAUGUAUGGAACUGCAGCUACUAAUUACUUAUGCUCAGGGUGUUACAAGACGCAAAAGACAAUUAGUGUGUCUGGUGAUUAUGGAAACAGUCAGGGAGCUACUACAAGCGGUGCGAAUGCUACUGUUGGAAAGGCAGACUCAAAGUCCUACUUCCCACCACCUUCUUUCUCUUCGUAUGUUCCAUAUGACUACUUUGGCGCAGUUGGGGGAGGGAAUGGACAAAGAGGACCUAAGCCAGAAAAAGCCUUGCCACCUCUCAGGGGUUCAGUUCAACCGUCACCCCCACCUUCCUACAAAGAGGCCACUAAAGCACCAUCAAGGCUAGUGUCAAUGGGACAGGAAGGAAAAGACACAUGGAGCUGUUCCCAUGGUAGUAGGUGUGCCACAGAGGGAUGUGACUUUUAUGGUAACCCUUCAAGUAAGGGGUACUGCUCAUCUUGUUUCAAGAAAACAACAACUCAGGGACAGAAUACAACUAGAAAUGGUUAACUAAACAAUCAGAAGGAAAACUAUUUCCAUUUCUCUAAAGAAAAAGCCAGCUCAUGCUAAUCAACAGGGGAGAUGGUUUAAGCCCUGCAUUACCCAGGUGCAUGUCCAAAGGGGGUUCCAAGGGAUCCGGACGUCACCCUGCUUAUGUACCAUGAUAGGAAAUUAUAUGGGUAACACCUGAAUUCGACUCUGUCUGCGUAAAAGACCCAGUACAAACAGCAUUAGCAUUGCUGGACCAGCAAUCUGGGCCAGUAAUCAGGGCAGUUUAAUUGUACUUAAAAAAACUAGGGGGGGGAGGGGGCCGUCACAUGCCUUCUGGUAAUUUCAUUAUACUUUAAGAAAAAAAAAACUGGGAGGUUCCAAAUCAACCCACCCCCCUGGUAUCUUGUAAUUUGUAAUGCUGGCUCUGAAUGGGGUAUCAUUUUACUUCAUUAAUUGGUGACGGUACCACUACAAGCUUCUAUUGACAACUUUUUGUAAAAAAGAUAACAUUGCACUUUUAUUUUUUUCAGUGAUAUAAUAAUCCUCUUAUUGAAAAUUACAAAAU